AUGAUGCCAUCAAUAGACUGGACACCUCAGCGAAUUCGCAAUGUCGUCCAGAAAUAUUUCCGAAAGCGCGCUUGCUGGUACCAGCUCGAAAUUGCGUCAGCAUUGUAUCGCGGGUUCGACGUUGUUGGCGUUGCAGCGACUGGAUCCGGAAAAACACUCUCGUUUUUUACCCCUUUGUUAAUGGCGCUGGAGGAGGGUCGUGAUAAGAUCAUAUUCAUUGUGACCCCACUCAACCUUCUUGGAAAGCAAAACAGCGAGCAGCUGAAUUCCGCUGGGCUGACUGCUGUUGCCGUGUCAGCAGAGAAUUCCAGUCCGGAAACUAUUAAAGAUAUUGUGUCCGGGAGAUAUCAAGUUAUUAUCAUAAACCCCGAGAUAUUAAUGGGUCCUGUGUGUCUGCAAUUAUGGAAAGAUAAGAAGUUUACCUCGAAGAUCUUGAACUUUAUCUUUGAUGAGGGGCACUGCGUCAGUCAGUGGGGCUCGUUUCGGAAGGAGUACUUGCACUUGGGAAAUCUCAGGUACAUCCUCCCAGACACGAUCCCAUUUCAUGUUGCUUCCGCCACCCUACCACCGCCGGUUCUUGCUGAUGUCUCGGAAAUCCUACGACUACGUGCCGGCCGAACGAAGCAUGUCAUCCGAUCGAAUAACCACCCAAAUAUCGCCAUUAUUGUCCGAGAAAUCCAGUAUGCACUGGGCAGCUAUCACGACUUAGCUUUCGUCAUCAAAGACAACUUCGGAGUCAGUGAUCCAGCACCUCCGAAGUUCGUGAUAUUCUUCGAUAGUACGCGAGAGACCGAGGAUGCCGCCCAUUACUUGCAAUCACGGUUACCAAAGGAAUAUCGAGACCGAAUUCGGUGGUUUCAUGCCACGAUGACCUCUGAGUACCGUGUCGAUGAAUAUGAAGCAUUCAGACGGGGUGAUGUGUGGGGAUUGUGCGUAACGGAUGCGUUUGGGAUGGGGCUUGAUUUGCCUGAUAUUGCUCUCGUAAUCCAGUGGAAGACUCAGGCGAGUCUUUGUAGCAUCUGGCAGAGGAUUGGGCGUGCUGCACGAGGGGAGGGUACCAAAGCGAAGGCUGUUAUAUUCGCCGAGAAGAAGUUUCUGGACACGAACCGACAGAAGAAGGAGAAACGAGCAGCAAAUAAGCUGAUAGCUUCACUAAAGAAGAGACAGUCCGUUAACGAGCUCCAAGGUCGUGCUUCCAAGCGAAUUGCCCUAACUCCUGCUGCUACUCACGCUGCACAGGCUUCGGGGUCCUCUAUCAAUCAGGCAGUUGAUUCGAGGCUUGGCGUAGGGAUAAUCGCAGGAGAUAAAUCAGAAGAGGUGUCAGUGGUCGUAACUGAGUUGCAGCGCCAAAGCUAUCAUGAACAGGCACGUCAGUACCGCACUAUUUCGCAAAGUACAGCAAUCAAUCAUACUGUUAUCGAGCCUGCACUGGAUGACAUGCUGAAUGCACAAUUGCGUGGGCUGCAUUGUCGUCGACAGCCGCCGACUAUCUACUUUGGGAAUGACAAGUGUCGUAAGCAAGCCAUCUUACCUCCGCUGUGGGAGCUACUACUCACACGCAUGUCUUCAGCACAGGACGACCACAUGUUCUGCGACAACAACAACCCCGAGGGCUGCGCACGAUGCAAGCCAAAAGCAUGCACACCAUGCUGUGAUUUGUGUUCGCCCGAGCUCUUAGAACUCUUCAACAACAUUGCCACAGUAUCUCAACCAGCCCGUGCGCCAUGUCGAUCAUCAACCAAAGCGUACACACCUACCCAAGCCGACAAUGAUCUCAAGAACACCCUAAUUGCAUGGCGCAAGGUCAAGGCCCCCUUGAUUCUUGGCAACCUUGCAUUCCGGCGGUUUGGCGUCCAGCCAUUCCUCUCAAACGAGAUCAUACAACGGAUUGUCGACUGCGCUCACAUGAACAAAAUUCGGACGGUCAACGAUCUUGUCAAAGAAACUCGAUGGCGCCCCGAUCGAAUCCGCGACUGUGGUAUCGAGCUUGUCGCACUGAUCAAGCAGUUUGCGCCACAACCUGCCGACACCUCAGCCAUAGCUCCUGCCACUACAACUGGUUCCAGCAUAGAAGCAGCGGCUCCACCCAAGCGUACCCGCACACCAGCAAAGGCUCGCCAGUGUAGUGAGUGCAAAGGCUACGGACAUAAUAGUACAUUGAUCUUCACCGACUUUGCUACCACACUCACAACCCUCGCUUUUCUAGAAGCCAAUGCAAAUUGCCCCGCAAAAAAGGCAAGGCGCGAGGCCGAACAUGCGGCCAACGCAAAUGUGCCAUUGAACGAAAACCAACCGCCCAACAUGGCCCCACUAAACCCUCGUCCAUUGCUGUCACGUAAGUCUCACCGUGGCAUAUAG